AUGGCCGACUCACAAUCAAACCCACCAGCUUCAAACGGCGAAUCCAGCUCUAGCGGCGACUCCUUUCAAGCAAACAAUACCACAUCUUCCCAAGCCGAAUCCUCCACCAGCUCCUCCUCAUCCAUCCCUCAAACCUGUACCUCCUGCCUUAAGCCCUCCCCCUCCCCAGAAACCAAACCCCUCAAACCCUGCCUCAAAUGUCAAAGCGUGCAAUACUGCAGCAAAGAAUGCCAGAAAGCCGAUUUCAAGAACCACAAGAAGGAUUGUGCGAAGAAAGCACAGAUAUACGCCCAGACGGCGGAUAUCAAGUUGGCUGCUCCGAAUAGGGCGCCUAAAGAUGGGUUUAGGGGCGGUUUGCAGAAGUGGCAGUUUGACACGUGA